CCUAUGUUAGGUUUGAUAUAAUUCGAAGGAUAAUGACUAGGUUUUUUGGAAUUGAAGUUGUCAUGGUGAUGGGGAUCACAGACAUAGAUGACAAGAUAAUAAAAAGAGCCAAUGAGAUGAAUAUUUCGCCAGUAGCUCUUGCUUGUUUUUAUGAAGAAGACUUUAAACAAGAUAUGGCUGCCUUAAAGGUCCUUCCUCCUACAGUAUAUAUGAGAGUGACUGACAAUAUUCCUCAGAUAAUUUCCUUUAUAAAAACAAUAAUUGCUAGUGGACAAGCUUACGCAACCUCACAAGGCAAUGUUUAUUUUGAUGUUAAGUCUUGGGGAAAAAGAUAUGGAGUAUUAACUACUAUUUAUCCUGAUACCCAAGAUGAAGCAGUUGAUACUGAUAAACGACAUAGUAGAGAUUUUGCCCUGUGGAAAGCUGCCAGACCUCAAGAGUUAUCUUGGACUUCUCCCUGGGGAAAAGGAAGACCUGGAUGGCACAUUGAGUGUUCCACAAUAUCAAGUGCAGUGUUUGGAAAGCAGCUGGACAUCCAUACCGGUGGAAUAGAUCUUGCAUUUCCUCAUCAUGAAAAUGAAAUCGCACAGUGUGAGGUGUAUCAUCAGUGUGAGCAAUGGGGGAAUUACUUUCUGCAUUCUGGGCACUUGCAUGUUAAAGGAAGUCAAGAAAAAAUGUCCAAGUCAUUAAAAAACUACGUAACAAUUAAGGAUUUCCUGAAGAAAUUUUCAUCAGAUCAAUUCAGGAUGUUUUGUUUGCGCAGCAGAUACAGCUCAGCAAUAGAAUUUAGCGAUGAGAGCAUGGAUGAUGCAAAGCACCUUCUUCAGGCAAUCUCCUCAUUUGUUAGAGAUGCAAAUGCUUAUAUGAAAGGACAGCUGGUAUGUGACCCUGUUAGAGAAGACAUACUGUGGGAAAGGCUAGCCAACACAAAAGUAACCGUGAAGGCUGCGUUUGCAGAUGACUUUGACACCUCCAGGGCUGUUGCAGCAAUUAUGGACCUCAUUCACCAUGGCAACAGACAGCUUAAGGCUGUUACUAAGGAUGCUGGAUCUCCUAGAAGCUCUGUUGUGUAUGGAAGCAUUAUUUCCUAUAUAGAAGGCUUUUUUAAUGCCCUUGGGAUGUCCUUUGGAAAAAGACAGGUGGCUCUUGGAGGGGGCAACUCGGCUGUGCUCUCUAACGUCAUCGAUGAGCUUGUAAGGUUCCGCACAAAGGUUCGUCAUUAUGCGCUUGCUCUGCCAGAAGAAGCAGCAGAAGCUGUGCCAACGGAGGGUGCUGCGGGAGCCAAAGGACCGAAACAAGAACAGAAGGAAAAGAGGCAGCAGUUAAUGCAGGAGAGAAAACCCCUCCUGGAGGCUUGUGACAGUCUGCGCGGAGACCUUGCUGCCUUUGGAAUCCACAUAAAGGACAGAGCUGCCGUUUCAACCUGGGAAAUUGUGGAAGGAGGGCAAGCAGGGCAGCAGGCUGAGAAACGAAGCUGAUCCUUCAUCCUUGGACUUUUUUUUUUUUAUUUCAUUUCAGCUGCUUUGGCAACAGUUGUAAAUACUAACACUUUCCAAAUAAAAAUGGCUAACAAAGAUAAAAUAUAAUCUGAGCAAAACUGUUGACGUUACUACUGGGUAAAUAAAUACAGGGCUGGCAGCAGGUGUGUAUGCGGUGUAUGCGGUGGAAGCAUCCGCAGUACAGGGCAGCACGGAAGCAGCUGUGUGCUCGCACCCUGUUUUGCUGAGCUGGCGCUGAGAAUUAAAACAUAGUGAAGACAGAGGCAAGAACUUGGGCCCGUCUUUGAGGGUGAAAACACUUAGUUUUAUGCCCACGGGUUUAAACAAUUGUGUUCCUCUCAGGCAUAGAAGGAGGUGACACUUUUAGCCAUGAAGUAUUUCCUUAUUGCAGCGUUGCUGGUUUGCUCCUGGGAGAUCUUUAACCAUAAUAUGGCGGUAUGUGGUUAUCUGUAAGGCUCGGUAUCUUUCCCAUUUGCUUUUGCACAGAAUACACUGAGGUUUCCCUAGCACUGGGAGUGCAGCACGCUCAGGAUCUCGCCAUCAGAAUUGGGAAGAUGAUAAAAUUAGUG